ACCAGAUGCUUAUAACAUAUGCAUCUUCUGUCAAGUAGAAUCCUUCUUUCCUGGUAUGGGACCUAUUAUGAUUAUCCCCAAAUCAAUUCUCAAAAACCUGCCUCCUAUUGUCAAAGGCAGCACUAGUAACAAUAUGAUAGUGGUUGACGAGAGUGAAAUGAUGUGUCAAUUAAAGUUUGGGAGUUACUGCUUAUGGCGCCGAGAACAAAAGUCAAAGAUGGAUGACUCUAUGGUUAAGAGGAUGAAGGACUUAUUAUUUGUUGCUCGUGCUUAUUAUCCAAGUAUUGCAAAACUUACUUCACAGGAGAAUUUGUCUCAUGAAAUGAAACAAAAUAUUCAGGAAUUUGAACGUGUUCUUAGUGAAACCACAACAGAUAAAGACCUUCCUAGUCGCUAUGAGCACCAGAUGACUAUGAUGGAGGCUUCUAUUGCUAAAGCGAAAUCAUGCCAUGUGGACUGUAAUAAUGUUGAUAAAAAGUUUCGACAACUGGUCGACCUGACUGAGGACGAAGCAAAUUUUCACAUGAAGCAAAGUGCCUUCCUCUACAAACUGGCUGUUCAAACCAUGCCUAAGAGUCUACAUUGCCUAUCAAUGAGAUUGACUGUAGAAUAUUUUAGAUCUUCCGCGGACAUUGAGGAGACACUGGUUAAGAAGUUUGUUAACCCAGACUUGUUCCACUAUAUCAUCUUCUCCAGGAAUAUACUAUCAUCAUCUGUAGUAAUAAAUUCGACUGUUCUACAUGCAAAAGAAAAUGAUAAACAGGUUUUCCAUCUGCUGACAGACACGGAAAAUUACUUUGCUAUGAAAUUAUGGUUUUCCAGGAACAAGUAUGGGAAUGCUGCGGUUCAGGUUCUGAACAUCGAGGACCUUGAGUUGCAUAGUCAUCUUAAGGCAGCACCAUUACGUCUGUCAUUGCCUGAAGAAUUCCGUGUUUCCUUCCGUAGGUUUGAUGAUAAACUGUCUUCUACCCAAUUUAGAACGCAAUACCUAUCCAUGUUUUCUGAUUCCUUCUAUCUCCUUCCUGAGAUUUUUCCAUCUCUAGAGAAAGUUGUUGUUUUGGAUGAUGAUAUCGUCGUUCAGCGAGACUUGUCAUCCCUUAGGAACCUUGACAUGGGAGGAAAAGUGAACGGUGUAGUGCAGUCAUGUGCAGUGAAGUUGUUUCACCUGAAAAAAUACUUGCCUAGUAGUAGCAGUUUUGAUGAAAAUUCUUGUUCCUGGACGUCUGGGAUAUCUGUCAUUGAUAUAUCUAAGUGGAGAAUUCACAAUCUUACCAAAACAUAUCAGCAGUUGGUGCAUGAGAUGAGCAGAGAAGAUGGGUUAUCUGAAACUAGCACGUUAAGUGCCGGCUUGCUCACAUUCCAAGAUCUAGUAUAUGGUCUUGAGGAUAGUUGGAUGUUAUCUGGUCUGGGUUACAAUUACGAACAUAAGUUGCAAAAAGUGGGUUCGGCUGGAGUAUUGCAUUUCGAUGGGAGCAUGAAACCGUGGCUUGAGCUUGGCAUACCCAAGUACAAAAGGUUUUGGAGGAAAUAUCUCAACACACAGAAUCACUUCUUGAGCGAGUGUAAUGUAAAUCCGUAG